AUGCGCAAAACAUCAACUGGCUCAACUCCUGUUCGAGGGGCUAAAACUGCAAAGUCAACGUCUUCAGCUACCUCUCAAAAAACUUCUACUUCAUCCACUACUUCAUCUUUACAAUCCAAUCAAACUAGUUUAAAAAAACCAUCAACUGUCAAGAGAUCAGGUGCAUCUGUUUCUCAAAAUAGUUUAUCUCCAAAAAAUGCAUCCCCACGAAAUUCAAGAUCUCCAUCACCUUCAUCCGCAACUUCAAAACCUAUUCGAGCGACUGCUUCAUCUUCUAUUAAAGAUGCAAUUGCCCAAGCUAGAUUAAAAAAAGCAACCAAUAAAACUUCUACAAAAGAAGAAGAACAAGAAAUUGGUGCUAAAAGUUUGAAUGUAAUAGUUAAGCAAGCAAAAUCUUCAGGUCGCAUAAAUAUCUCUCAUCGAUCUCUUAAAGCAAUUCCGGAAGAAGUAUGGAGAAUGUAUGAAGUUGAUCCAAAAAGUAUCACUAUUGAUUUUAGCGGUGGUGGUUCAGAUGUGUGGUAUGAAACAGUUGACCUUGUAAGAAUGGUGGCAGCAGAUAAUCAACUUGAAGUAAUUGAUAAACGAAUUGCAGAAUUUAAUGCUCUGCUUCAUAACAAUAAUUUAUCAUCUCUUCCAAAAGAGUUUGGUGAAUUACAAAGUCUUACCACACUUAAUUUAUCAAUUAAUCGUUUUAGCGACCUUCCUGAUUGUUUGACUACAUUAUCUUCUCUUGUCGAAUUACAACUUUCUUCAAAUAAAUUAACGGGUGUUUUAGAUUCUUCCUUUGGAAAUCUGUCUAAAUUGGAAAUACUUGAUAUUUCAUCAAAUGAAAUCACUGGGCUACCAAAAGAAAUUGAAAAUUUAAAAAAUCUUCGAAAAUUAAAUCUUGCAAAGAAUAAAUUAAAAGAAAUUCCUGGUUUAGCAACAAGUGGAAUGAGGAAUUUGGAAGAACUUGAAAUUAGUGAAAAUAAAUUAGAAAUAGUUUUUAUCGGAUUGAAUGGUCAGACAGUUGAAUUACAUUCUUUGAAAAGAUUAGAUAUUCGUCAAAAUAGAUUAAAAGCUUUGGAUGAAUCACAAAAUGCUACCAUUUUUCAUCCAACAAUAAAACUUCCGAAACUUAAAGAAUUACUUGCUUCUCUUAAUCUAUUUGAAAAUUUUGGUCCUCUGCUUCAUACAACACCUGAUCUUGAGAUUCUUGAUAUUGGUGAUAACAAAUUUCGUGAACUUCCUGAAGGUUUAUUAACUUUGAAGAGUUUAAAACGGUUAGAUUUAAGUAAUAAUGACCUUAAAACUUUACCAGCCGAAUUAGGCAUGCUGACAGCUCUGGACUUUUUGGGCUGGGAGGGAAAUCCUAUAAGAAAUGCUCCAAAAGGUCCCAAAUCAACAGCUGCAGUAUUAAAAACAUUAAGGGAUAGAUUGACAACUGUCGACUUUGAAAACAUGGAUGAGCCUACUAUCCCUGAAAGAGCUACAAAUCAUGCGAGAACAUCUAUCGAUACAGAUGUAAAAACUUCCGCAUUAGGAACUGUAAGCCAACAGAAUAUAUCAUCAAGGACAUUAGAUCUUUCCAAGAAAUCAUUAACGACAGUUUCUGAGGAAGAUUUACAAGAGAUUACGUUUGAACCAUCAACUGUAUUACUUGGAUUUAAUCUACUUCAGACUAUCCCUAUUAGCUUCAAAUUAUUUAGAACAAAUAUUACAUGUUUUCAAUUGGAUCACAACAAGUUUACUACUUUUCCAACAUUUGAAGAUAAGUCUAUAGUUUUUCCGAACGUGAGCAGAUUAGAUUUGUCAGCAAAUCAGCUUACCUCUUUACCUGAUGACUCUCAACAAACGCCAUUUCCAAAUUUACAAGUUCUUAACGUUAACAAUUGUCGAAUUGAAUCGUUACCAACAAAAUUUCCAUUUCCUAAACUGACAACUUUUCUUGCCACAUCCAAUUUACUUACAUCUAUUACUCCACCAACCUUUGAAAAUAUGGAAGUGGUUGAUAUUUCUAACAACAACAUCAAUUUUUUACCACCCCUAUUGGGCGAUAUUACAACCAUCAAGACAUUACUUGUUGAGGGUAAUUCAUUUCGAGUUCCAAG